AUGUUCUUCUGUGCUAUUUCCGGCUCCCCUCCUACCGCUCCUGUCGUCUCAAAGACUUCAGGUACAGUGUACGAAAAGGCUCUGAUCGAGAGGUAUAUCGAGGAAAAUGGUACAGACCCAAUCUCAGGUGAACCAUUGACGAAAGAGGAUCUCAUCGAUGUUAAAGCCAAACCAUCCACUCUUCCUCCUCGUCCGGCCAAUCAGACUUCGAUCCCUGCGUUACUCACUGCCCUGCAAUCCGAGUACGACUCCAUAAUGCUCGAAUCGUUGGAGAUUAAAAAGGCUUUCCAGAAUUCAAGGCAAGAGCUUGCCAACGCUUUGUACCGAGAGGAUGCAGCUACUAGGGUAAUUGCUAGAUUGAUGAAGGAAAGAGAUGAGGCUAGACAAGCUUUGUCGUCUAUUCAAUCUACCAUUGGCUUCCAACCCACUGCCGCUGCCGAAGCACCAGCUGAAGAUGUCGAGAUGGCCCCGGAAUCUCAAGGUGCUCUGCCAGAAGAGGUCGAAGCUAAGGUGAUGGAGACGAACCAGGCUCUGUCAUCCGGUCGAAAGAAGAGAAAGCCUGCUCCUGGUUACUCCAAAGCCGACCAAGUCAAAGGAUUUACUCAAACUUCCCAUGUUCCAUCGUUACACGCUACUAAACCUGCCGGUAUCACCGCUAUCGAUGUCGCCAAGGACGGUAACAUCGUCGUUACAGGUGGAGCUGACAAGGCUGUUCAAGUAUUCGAUCUUGAAGCUUCCAAAGUGCUCGGUACGCUCAAGGGUCACACCAAGGCUAUCACACAUGUCGCCUUUAGGGAGAAGGACGGUGAGAACAAAUUGGCUAUCAGUGCAAGUGCCGAUAAGACCGUUAAAAUCUGGGGUGAAGAAGGUGGAAAAUGGUCAAACAAGGCGUCAUUAGGUGGACAUAAAGGUGAAAUCAACGGUUUGGCCUUACAUCCUUCGAACGAUUAUUUGGCAGUCGGUUCAUCCGAUUCAACUUGGUCGUUAUACGAUAUCAACACUCACGAGGAGAUCUCCAAAUACGAAGCUAUCAAGGGUAUCGAAGGUUCGUUCGCCUACACUUCAUUUGCUGGGCAUCCAGAUGGAGUGUUAUUCGGUGGAGGUACAAAAGAUGGUAAUGUCAGAGUAUGGGAUGUAAGACAACGAAACUCCUUGGCGGCUACGUUAGAAUCUCAUCCUUCGAAAGCUCUCACGACUCUGUCAUUCUCCGAGAACGGUUAUUACCUCGCUACUGGUUCUUCAAGUGAACCAUCCGUCAAGAUCUUCGAUUUGAGAAAAUUAGAUAUCUUAUCUUCAUGGGACUUACCUUCUGAAAAUACCGUUUCGGAAGUCAGGUUCGACCCAUCCGCUCAGUUCUUAUCUGUAUCAGGAACAGAUCUUAGAGUGUACGCGAACAAGACGUGGGACGAGUUGCUCAAGUUUGACGACAAUGCUGGGGUAUUAACUGGAGCGAGAUUCGUGAAGAAUGGUAGUGAGAUUGUGUUGAGUGGGCUGGAUCGGACUUUGAGAGUGUUGGGAACUCAAGCAUAG